UGCACGAGGAUGCUGGUCACGACGGACAGCAGCAUCUUCUGUUUCUGCUCCCGGCUCUGCUGCGGCUGCCCGAGCUGAUGAUGGCACCGUUCACGAGGCGGACAAACAGAGGAAGCCUCCAGAGCGUGCGCCUCCACGGCCCGCGCGCUCGGAAACUUGUGGAGGGCAGAGUACGAGAGCCGGGGGGCCCUGGGAGUCCCAACGUGCAUGUUGGAGAGGCUCGCGUAGGAGCGAGAGGGCGUCGUGUGCCCCCCGCCCGCCCCGCCCCUGCUCCUGCCGGGCGUGGUGAACCCGCCGCCGCCGCCGCCGCCGGGGGGCAUUGAUUUCGGCGAAGUCACCUCCUGGCCGUGCUGAUCCAGGUCGCGAGCAAACGCAUGCUUGUUGAACGACGCGUAGGAAGACGACCGGGACUUGGGAGUGCUCUCCCCCCCCCCCCCCCCUCC